GUUUAAUCAGCAUGCGUGUUGCUUUACUUUGGUCAGUGUUUUAUUGUCGCCGGUUAAAAUGAAAAUCAACGUUGAUUUUAUUAAGAACACUUCUUUUAUAAUCUUUAUAUUUUUUUGUGAAAUAUUAACAUCAGAAGUUCCUAGGCCGAGGGGUGUAUCACUUUCGAGGGCCGCUUUGUAUCCGCCAGAUAAAGACUUCACUUGCUUCGAUGGAAGCAAAACCAUACCGUUCAACAGAGUAAAUGACGAUUAUUGUGAUUGUUUAGAUGCUAGUGAUGAGCCGGGAACCGCCGCUUGUGCCCACGGCAUUUUCCAUUGUACGAACGCCGGACACAAGCCCUUAAAUCUACCUUCGAAUCGCGUAAACGACGGUAUCUGCGACUGUUGCGAUGGUACUGAUGAAUACGCUUCCGAAACGAGUUGCCAUAAUAAUUGCAUCGAAUUGGGAAGAAGCGCUAGAGAAGCCGCUCAACGUAGAGCCGAACUGAUUAAAGCGGGCAAGCAGUUAAGAGCAGAAUUGAGCCAGAAAGGUAUUUUACUGAAACAGGAGAAACAAGUUAAGUUAACUGAACUGCAGAAAAAUAAGGAAGAAGCCGAGAAACUGAAAGCUGAAAAAGAAGCAUUAAAGAAUGAAAUAGAGGAAUUGGAAGCGAGUGCUCUAGAGUAUUACACUAAAUUAGAAAAUGAAGCCAAGCAAAAGAGAGAGGAAGAAGAAGCUGCUGCGAAUAAAGCUGAGGCUAUUGAAGCAUUUAAUCGAUACGAUUCAAACCAGGAUGGCUGGCUAGACGUUUCCGAGAUGAAGACCCGAUCGACUUUCGAUAGAGACAGAAAUGGCGAAGUUUCUGACGAAGAGGCCAAAUUUUUCUUAAACCUACAAGAAUCAGUCCAGGUAGAAACAUUUAUCAAUGAUUGCUGGAAACUUGUAAAACCAUUCGUUUCAAUGGAAGCAAGUAACCUAAAAAUGCCAGAAGAAAAAGAAAAAGGGGACGUUGAAGAAGCCACUGAAGCUGAAGACAUGCAGGAGAGUGAAGACGUCGAAGAACAGAAUCAGGAAGAUGAAGAACAUGAAGAUUACGAGGACGAAGAAGAAUCUGCUAAUCAAGAACAGGUGGAAGAACCAGAAGCAGUACAGGAACCCUCAAAAAUUGAAUACGAUCCUGAAACACAACAACUCGUGGAUAAAGCCAAUCAAGCUCGUCGCGAUUUCCAAGAUGUCGAAAGACAAGUGAGAGACAUCGAAAGUGAAAUAAACGACAUUCAAUCGUAUCUCACAAAAGAUUUCGGUUAUGAAGAAGAAUUUGCGCCACUCGAGGGUCAAUGUUUCGAAUACGAUGAUCACGAAUAUACAUAUAGGCUGUGUCCGUUCGAUAGAGCUACUCAGCAGCCGAAAUCAGGAGCUGCCGAAACCCGAUUAGGUUCUUGGGGCCAAUGGUCAGGCCCAGAAAGCAACAAGUACGAACAGAUGACCUACGAUAAGGGACAAUCUUGUUGGAACGGUCCUACUAGGUCUACGAUUGUACGAAUUAGUUGUAGCAGUGAAAAUAAAAUUUUGAGUGUAUCGGAGCCGAACAAAUGUGAAUAUUUGUUUGAUUUUGUUACACCGUCGGCUUGCUAUGAAGCCCCAGCUGAUGCUACCGAAGACUUGCACGACGAAUUGUGAGAAUUUAAACAGUUUUAUAUGCAAAUAUCACUAUACAUUGUUAAGACUGCACAAUCAAUACUUGGUACUUUGUACUCCAUUGAAGACACGCAUGAUCUGUUUUGGAUUUGCGGCUGGCGUUAUUGGCUCAACGCUUUUAAUUAGUUCAAUUAUUUAAAUUUAUAAUUUAUCUUUAAAUUUUACUUAAAUACUGUUAAUAAGUGGGUUUUAUUAUUUUUUUUUUGUUGGUUUUGGGGAUCACACAAUUUUUUGGUUUUCGGUGUUUGUAGAAUUGCGAUUUUGGAUCAAUUUAGUCACGAGUAUACUUUGUGAUUUGUUUAUCAAUUGUAGGUUUGUUUUCAUGAAUUUAUUAUCAUUCCAUAAAUGUUAAUUGUAUGCUUAACGUUGUAAUGUACUGAUCGUCAAUUUGGAAUGGAUGAUUUCAGAGAGUAAAAUUGAGUUAUUAACAUAAUAUAGGUGAUCAGUAGCAAUAUUCUUAUGUAGUUAAUAUAGUCAGAAACUUCGAUGACUGAUUACUAUUUAUAUCACAUAUGUUUAUGAAUGUUAAUGAUGUUUCAGAACUUUUCGCAGGUACUGAUAUUACAUAUGUAAAAAUGUAAACUAAAAUUUACAAAGAAAAUAUAUUGGUUGUGAAGACUUAGCAUAUUCGUGAGUUUCUUUAAAAAAAUGGGUGUUUAUAUCUACUACUGACAAUUGAAUUUUUUAGCUAAAUUUGUUUUGUAAAACAGGUAAUACUUCAUUCUAUAAAUUUUUCUAUUAAAAAUGUUGAUAGUGUGUUUGAAAAAUACAAUGGAAAUGUAAUGAUUUCAAUUUAAGAUUUAAUGUAUUUCACAGUAAAAAAUGAAUGUUCUGCAUGGAGAAAAAUAUAACUGAAAUAACUUAUCAUAAAUAAUAUUGUCUUAUACGUAAACAUGUUAAUUUUUUUCCAUUCUUUGAUACGUUGUUUUCCACAUUAUUGUCCUUUGUCAAGUACCUACUUAUAUUAAUUAAAAUUAUUAAAGACUAUAAUUUUAAAUCAAUACUAGAAACAUUUUGUUAA